CUACAAGGCAAGAUUAUUCAAGAGACAUGAAGUCUGGCUUUUGACUUCAGGAAAUAUCACUUUGGAAAUUGUUCUCUAGGACAGAGAUUCCUUCUGCUAUCAGAUGUCUUUCUGCUUGACUGAAUUGCACCUGUGGUCUUUGAAGAAUACCUUACACAUUGGGGAUAGAGAUAUUGGGAUAUACCAGUAUUAUGACAAGAAAGAUCAACCAGUAUCAGCGACAGAGCAUGGUAACUUAGAAGCAAAGCAGAAACUGGCAGAAUCACGAGAUUAUCCGUGGACUCUCAAAAACAGACGCCCAGAAAAACUUCGAGACUCACUCAAGGAGUUGGAGGAGCUGAUGCAAAACAGUCAGUGUGUGCUGAGCAAAUGGAAGAACAAAUAUGUCUGUCAGCUCCUCUUUGGUUCAGGUGUGCUGGUGUCCCUAAGCCUUUCUGGGCCGCAGCUGGAGAAAGUGGUGAUUGACAGAAGCCUGGUGGGAAAGCUCAUCUCAGACACCAUCAGUGAUGCUCUUCUCACAGACAACUUUAUCAUCUUAUCAUUUUUGGCACAAAACAAACUAUGUUUUAUUCAGUUUACCAAGAAGAUGGGUUCUCCCGAUGUAAACAAAAGAUUGGAAAAACUCUCAGCUUUGGAUUAUAAGAUUUCCUAUUAUGACAUACCUGGCCCAGUAAACAGGACAACGGAGCGUCGGCUAGCCAUCAAUAGUGCCCAGGAUAUAGUUGUUUGCUGGUGGCCACUGGUCAGUGAUGAUGCUUGGCCAUGGGCCCCUAUCUCUUCUGAGAAGGACAGGGCCAAUCUGCUGCUCCUGGGUUAUGCUCAAGGAAGACUGGAGGUUCUGAGUUCUGUCCGCACGGAAUGGGAUCCACUGGAUGUUCGUUUUGGCACCAAACAGCCUUACCAGGUGUUAACGGUAGAGCGCUCCGUCAGUGCAGACAAAGAGCCUAUGGCUGACAGCUGCAUCUAUGAAUGUGUUCGGAACAAAAUCCAGUGUGUCUCCGUCACCAGAAUACCACUAAAAUCCAAGGCCAUUAGCUGCUGCAGGAAUGUUACUGAAGACAAACUGAUUCUGGGCUGUGAAGAUUCCUCAGUAAUUCUUUAUGAAACUCACCGUAGAGUGACUCUCUUAGCCCAGGCUGAACUUUUGCCUUCAUUGAUAAGCUGCCACCCAAGUGGCACCAUUCUGCUAGUUGGCAGCAUCCAAGGAGAGCUGCAAAUUUUUGAUAUGGCUCUCUCCCCUGUUAACAUCCAGCUCCUGGCUGAAGACCGCUCACCCAGGGAGACUCUGCAGUUCAGUACAUUUUUCAGUGUUCCCAGCAGUCUUGUUCAAAUGCAGUGGGCAGCUCCACAGGUUGUUUCUCAAAAGCCCGAAAGUGGGGACAUCUAUGAUCUCCUCUUCCUCAGGUUCAACAAAGGACCUUUGGGUGUUCUUUUGUUUAAACUGGGUAUCUUCACUCGAGGACAGCUGGGCCUGGUAGACAUCGUCUCCCAGUACAUUCACUAUGACGAGGUCUGUGAGGCGAUCAGCAUCCUGAGCAGUAUGAACUGGGACACGCUGGGCCACCAGUGCUUCGUCAGCAUGAGUGCCAUUGUGAACCAUCUUCUCAGGCAAAAGCUCACCCCAGAGAGAGAAGCACAGCUCGAGGCAAGCCUUGGAACCUUCUAUGCUCCAACAAGACCACUCCUGGACACAACUAUACUGGAAUAUAGAGACCAAAUCAGCAAAUAUGCAAGGAGAUUCUUCCACCACUUGCUCAGGUACCAGAGAUUUGAAAAGGCAUUUCUGUUAGCUGUUGACAUUGGUGCCCGAGACCUGUUUAUGGACAUCCAUUACCUUGCACUAGAUAAGGGUGAAUUGGCACUAGCUGAAGUGGCAAGAAAAAGAGCUCAAGACAUUGAUGCAGAAUCAAUAACCUCUGGAGUAGAACUCCUGGGGCCUUUAGACAGAGGGGAUAUGCUAAAUGAAGCAUUUGUUGGCCUAUCUUUAACACGUCAAGGAGAAGACACAUUUCCAGAAAAACUCUCUCCCUUUUGUUCAAUCCACAAACAUAUUAAUCAACAAAGAACACUGAAUGUCUCUUCUAGCAGACAAGUAUGUGACAGAAGGAAUGAACUUGAAAAAGACGCCUGUGCUGAAGCUUUGAUGGAUAAGGCCUGUUUUAAGAAAGAAGGAGAAAUAAGAGAAGACUGCAUAGGACAGGAAAUUGGAGAUGGUGGUUCUCUCAGAAUGGUUCACUUUGGUUUGGUGUAAAUAAUAUAAAAUUCGUGUUUUACUGACUGAAAACCUCCCUGUAUGGAGUAAAAAGAGGAAAGACAGUAUAAAGAGUUUGAAUUCAGUGUUUUCAAAAUAAAGUUUUAUUCAUUUCAAAAACAUGUAGCAUAAUGGCAAAUGAUCCUAAUUAAAGUGCUACAGUGCUUUAACUUAUUUUCAAUAAUGUAAAAUGUUGGAAAGUUCUUAAAUUAUGCAUUAUU